UCUUUGAGCGGCGCCCGGGCGCCCGGGCACGCGCCUCCCAAGCGCCGGCGCCCAUUUUGCCCGCCCGCAGAGGAGAGCCGUACGCGCGGCCUACAAGCUCUGGGGACAGCCCUGAGGCGGCAUCGCCGCGCGCCAGCCUCUUGAGCCAGGGUGACGUUCUUUUGAAAUUCGGUCCUAAGAUAGUUAAGGUUUUAUUUUGUUUUGUUUUGUUUCCAAGUUACGGCCCCUGAAUUUUGUACCACUCUCCCUGGACCACUUCCGGUUGCCGGCCCUUGCCUCAUAACUUCGGUUCGGGUGACCUCGGCCCCGGAUGCCCCUCGCCUCGUUCCGGGCUCACGUCCCGAUCCCGGCUUGACUGGCCCAGGUUGGGGGACCUGGAAGUUUUAGCCUCGCUGCUCUAGAGGCGGAUUAAUUAGCCCAAGAAACAUUAUAUUCAUGCUUAGGUGGAGAAAAGCAGGGCUAGAAUUGGAACUCAAAGCCCAGAAUGUCAGGAGAGGAUGUGGGGGCCCCGCCCGAUCACCUCUGGGUUCACCAAGAGGGCAUCUACCGAGACGAAUACCAGCGCACGUGGGUGGCCGUCCUGGAAGAGGACACGAAUUUCCUAAGGGCACGCAUCCAGCAGGUUCAGGUUCCCUUAGGUGACGCAGCUAGGCCAAGCCACCUUCUUACCUCCCAGCUACCUCUCAUGUGGCAACUCUACCCCGAGGAGCGCUACAUGGAUAACAACUCUCGCUUGUGGCAGAUCCAGCAUCAUUUAAUGGUCAGGGGAGUACAGGAGCUGUUGCUUAAGCUUUUGCCUGAUGAUUAACCUGGUGCUGGGAUUCUAGGAAGACAUGCUGCUCUGUUCUGCUCAGUAUAUGGCAGUCACUUCAUCCACCACUGCAGUGCACCCACCUGUGGGCCUGGGGGAGGGAGUGGGUUGACAAACUGCUCAAGAACACAGAAGUUUAGGAAGGGUCAUGAAGACCACCGCAAGUGGAACUGCAGAGAGAGGGUUACGCAGGCAGAAAGCACUUAGUCAGGAUACAUAACUUGAAAUUGACUCCUUUGGAAAUUGCCAUAGAACCUUUAAUGGACAUCAUCAGCUGGAACUGGGAUCUGAUGAAUCCCACAAAAGUCAGCACCCGCUACAGAACAGAUGCUCUGAUCACCAAGGACUUGGUACUGGUUUAGAGAGAAGAGAGCAGCUCCUAGCAGCAUCAACAUCUAUUGGUCGCUUAUUUGCCCAGCAGCAAUUCACCCGCCUUUCCUUCUCCCAUCCUUUUUCUGGAUAUGCUGCAGAAGGAUCCGUGCCAGAAACAAGCCUGUGAAAUACAGAAAUGUUUACAAGCCAACAACUACAGGGAAUCUCAGUGUCAGGCUGUCAUCCAAGAACUUCGUAAGUGUUGUGCUCGGUAUCCCAAG